UCGCAUAUUUCUCCAUGUGAACCGCAGCCCAAGUUUUCCUCCCCUCCCUGGUUUCUCACUACAAGACUAGAGUCACCAUGCACCUCCCAGCCCUAUCCCUAGCCCUCCUCACAUAUGCUUCGACGACCCUCGCAGCACCCAAACCCGCCCAGCCAUACUCAACAUGGAUGGCCUCCUCCUUCCUCUCCAAAUCCCAAAAAAUCGACCGCCACUACGUAGCCGCUGUCCUACACGAAGGCCUGCAAAAGGCUGCCAUCCUCCACCCCAACUCCUCGCUCCUCUCCUUCGUAUCCUCUGCCGUAUCCUCGCUCGUCGCUUCAAAUGGCACAUUACUGGGCUGGGACCCUAAUUUCUACUCCCUGGACGACAUACGUAUCGGCAACAACAUUUUAUAUUUCUGGGAUUCUGAAGGCAGGAAGGAAGGGAAGUACAAAACCGCAGCUACCUCGCUCCGCAAGCAAUUAGACAGAUAUCCCCGGACGCCGAUGGGUGGGUUCUGGCACCGGGAUCCGCAGUACAAGAACCAGAUGUGGUUGGAUGGGAUAUACAUGGCAGAAACCUUCUACGCAACAUACACAUCUUUCUUCGAGCCGGAGAACAUCACGGCAUGGGAGGACAUCGCACAUCAAUUCGAUUUGAUUGAGCAGCACUGUCGGAACAAGACGUCUGGCCUGCUAGUUCAUGGUUAUGACGAGAGUAAGAAGGCGGUAUGGGCGGACCCGGUGACGGGUGCAAGCCCGCAUGUGUGGGAUCGGGCGGUAGGGUGGUAUUUUAUGGCUUUGGUGGAAGUGCUGCAGGUAUAUCCAGAGAAGUUGGCUGGAUAUUCGAGGUUAAAGGGGUAUCUAACAAGCCUUGCGGCGGGGCUGAAGAGGGCACAGGAUGCGAGUUGGGGGUGGUGGUUAGUCAUGGAUGAACCGUAUCCAGGGAUGAAGGGGAAUUAUAUUGAGUCGAGUGGGACGGCGAUGUUUGCGUAUGGAUAUUUGAAGGGUGUGAGGACGGGGCUAUUGGAUGAGGAGUAUAGAGACACAGCGAUGAAGGCGUAUGAGCUUAUGGUGGAUAGGUUUGUGAAGCGUGAAUCCAACGGGACGUUGAGCUGGGAGGGGACUGUACGGGUCGGGAGUUUAGAUCAAGAUGGAAGCUAUGAGUACUAUAUUGGAGUUCCGUUGAGCGAGAAUGACGGGAAGGGAGCUGGCCCUUUCAUGUUUGCCAGCACAGAGAUGGAGAUGUGGCAGAAGUCAUAA